AUGCCCGAUGACGAGGUGCCUGCCUCUGGUGGACCCCACGGCCUGCCUUCAUCGGCCCCGAAGGGUGGGGCUCAUGGGUUGCCCAAAGUCGUUGAUAUUCCAAUGCGCAGCGAGGAGGAAAGUCGUCGCUACUACGCGAUGGCCUCCGCUCGCAACGAGCUCCUCUCCCAGGUUCAGCAGUUGCAGUCCAACUUUUACGCGACCUACCACCGCUGGGCGGAGGUGCCGGGCUGUUUGGUCGACGACCCCCCUCCGAGGGCACCCCCGGAGGUGCGUGGCGACGUUCCUGAGAGGUCGAACGAGGGGGAACGCGAGGAGAAGGCGAGGCUGCUCGCCGAUCUUUUCGGCCCCGCGGCGCCUCCACCGAGCUCUGCUUCCGACGCGAUCGCCGCGCUGCGUCGCUCGGUGAAAGUGGAGCGCCCUACCCUUCGACCCUCACGGGAUGAAGAGGGGGAAGGGGUUGCGAAACAACCUCCCUGCCACCCCCUCGAUACGUCACCCCCUGGGAUCUCAUCCAAAGCCCUUAGACAGGCGCCCUUUUCGGCACCAGACACCUCGUCAGACAAAUUUCAGAACGGCGGGGUUCGCUUAGAAACAAACGCGUCUUUGGUGGGGAAGCUACCCCAUGCACAGGCAGCUAAUGGCGUGAGCAUCGCCCCACCGGAUGCGACAUUCACAAGAAACGUGAUAACAAAAGAAACUAUCCCCCCAUCAAACCGUCGUGGGAGGUGGGAGAUGGUUCAGUACGACGACGACAGCAAUGGAGAGGAGUAA